AAGUAAACGCAACGUGCGGAGAAGUGUGAAUUGAAGUAAUUUUGGCAUUGGUGUAUCAGUCAUGCCCCUUAAUUUCUAGUUUACGUUGAAUCAGCGGAGACGCAAAAAACAAGUGAAAGAGAAAGAAAGAGAAAGAGCAUAUAUAGGCUGCUCCAUUUUUUCCCUUUUAAAGAUAUUUUCUUUUUUCCCAUUUCCCUUCCUUCUUCUACAACUUAGGGUUUCUUUCUUCCUUCCUUCCUUCCUUCUCCUUUUUAUGUGUGAGAGUUGAUUUGAUGUUGAACUAUAUUUUUGGAUUUUCUGUGGAAUCUUGGUGCUAGAAAGGAGAAGUAAGCUCGAAUUUGAGGGUUUUGACCUAUCCCUGUUGAAAAAAGGUUAACUGCAUUUUUUGGGUUAGCAGAAAGGUGAUUGAUUGAUCAGGUUUUGAUUUCUAGGUGUUUCCGCUAUGCCAACAUCCUGGGCUGAUUCGGUUUCUGCAGCCGAUAAUCUGGCUUCUGCUGCUCGACCCAAGUCAUCGUAUGUUCCACCACAUCUCAGGAACAGGCCUACUUCAACGGAUCCUCCUCCACAGGCUUCCUACGCUGGGCCUGCUGCAUCCAGUCAGGAACAAAGUGGUUAUGGUGGCCCAAAUGUAGGUGGAAAUCGUUGGAGUGGUCCAAGGAAUGAUUUCCGAUCUGGUUAUAGUGGUGGAGGAGGCCGUGUUGGUGGCUGGAAUAACAGAACAGGUGGUUGGGAUCGUGGGAGGGAGCGGGAAGCUAACCCCUUUGUAGAUGAUGAUGUUGAAAGCUUUGUUGAAACAGAGAAUUCUGGGAUCAACUUUGAUGCAUACGAGGAUAUUCCUGUGGAGACGAGUGGGGAAAAUGUACCCCCUCCUGUGAACACUUUUCUUGAGAUUGAUUUAGGUGAAGCUGUCAACCAAAAUAUUAGGAGAUGCAAGUAUGUUAAACCAACCCCUGUGCAAAGGCAUGCUAUACCAAUUGCACUUGCUGGUAGAGAUUUGAUGGCUUGUGCUCAGACUGGUUCUGGAAAAACAGCUGCUUUCUGCUUUCCCAUCAUAAGUGGAAUAAUGAGGGGCCAAUUUCCAAGACCUCCUCGUCCGCGUGUGGCAUUUCCGCUGGCUCUUAUUCUUUCUCCCACAAGGGAGCUCUCAUGCCAAAUUCAUGAUGAAGCUAAGAAAUUUGCAUAUCAGACGGGUGUCAGGGUGGUUGUUGCUUAUGGUGGUGCUCCCAUAAACCAACAGCUUCGAGAGCUAGAGAGAGGAGUGCAUAUUCUUGUGGCAACACCUGGACGGUUAGUUGAUUUACUUGAGAGAGCUAGAGUCUCGUUACAGAUGAUAAGGUACUUGGCUCUAGAUGAGGCAGAUCGAAUGCUUGAUAUGGGUUUCGAACCUCAAAUAAGGAAAAUUGUGCAACAAAUGGACAUGCCUCCACCUGGUGUAAGACAGACAAUGCUAUUCAGUGCCACUUUUCCCAGAGAGAUUCAGAGACUGGCAUUGGAUUUUCUUUCAAACUAUAUCUUCUUGGCUGUGGGAAGGGUUGGCUCUAGUACUGAUCUGAUUGUUCAGCGAGUUGAAUAUGUUCAGGAGACUGACAAGAGAAGCCACUUGAUGGAUCUUCUUCAUGCACAGAGGGCAAAUGGUGCUCAUGGCAAGCAAGCUCUUACCCUUGUUUUUGUCGAGACGAAAAAAGGAGCUGAUUCAUUGGAGCAUUGGCUUUGUAUGAACGGUUUCCCUGCUACUGCUAUUCAUGGCGAUAGAACUCAGCAGGAAAGAGAAUACGCUCUGAGAUCCUUCAAAAGUGGUAAUACACCAAUCUUGGUUGCUACGGAUGUGGCAGCACGUGGUCUUGAUAUACCCCAUGUUGCUCAUGUUGUCAACUUUGACAUUCCAAAUGACAUUGAUGAUUAUGUCCACCGUAUUGGAAGAACAGGGCGAGCAGGAAAAUCAGGUUUAGCAACAGCCUUCUUUAACGAGAACAAUUCUUCAGUGGCAAGAGCACUGGCUGAUCUGAUGCAAGAAGCAAACCAAGAAGUACCUGUUUGGCUCUCUCGCUAUGCUGCUCGGUCUACACAUGGAGGCGGCAAAAAUCGUCGUGGUGGAAAUCGUUUUGGCGGCCGUGAUUUCCGAAAAGAUUCCUCUUUCAAUCGAGGGGUCACAGACUACUACGGUGGGGCCAAUAUGAGCAGAGGCUAUGGUGCACCCGGUGGAUAUCCUGCACCCUAUAGUGGUGCUGUGACUAGUGCCUGGGACUAACCAGCCACAUUUUUGCCUCCAAUUUGCCUAUUCAGAUAUAGUUUCAAUUUUGCAGUAUCAGAUAUAUCUCUACUCACUUUAGUAUCUACUCCUUAUUUCGCUCCUUUUUGUAAGUUUCCGAUGUUUCAUACUCUGAAGUCUUCGCUGCAAUGGUGGUUUUGGGUUGCUGUGACAUAGUUAGGGCUCGACGGGGAUGUGUAAAUCUUGGCAGGGGGUGGUGAAUACUUACCUACUAACAGAUUUAGGAUUUACUUUACCUUGCUUAACUUCUCCCUUUGCUUUCUUCCCUCUGCUUUUAACAUUUUGGUCGGUCUCGGGUAUCGGGGAGAGUCUGUGUUUCUGCCAGCAAUUGAUUUAUAUGUCUCUUUAGGUGUAUUCUUUUAUCAGCCAAAUGUAUUAGUUGUAGAUUUCAACUACAGGGAGAGAGCCCUUUUAGUUAUGUUCAACUCUAAUCACUGUUGUAAUGUUUCCAAGUUUUGUACUACUUUAAUGUGUUGUUGUUAUGUUUGCUUUUU